CGCCGCACCUCCCCGAGCUCCCGCGGCCUCUCGCGAGGCUGCCGCCGCCGCCGCCGUCCGGCCCCACGUCACCGGCGGAGCCGACGGGGACAACAUGGCGGAGCGGCGGAGGCACAGGAAGCGGGUCCAGGAGGUUGGUGAGCCAUUCAAAGAGGAGAAGGCUGUUGCCAAAUACUUACGUUUCAACUGUCCAACAAAAUCUACCAACAUGAUGGGCCACCGAGUUGAUUAUUUUAUUGCCUCAAAAGCUGUGGAUUGCCUCUUGGAUUCUAAAUGGGCAAAGGCAAAGAAAGGAGAAGAAGCUUUAUUUACAACUCGGGAGUCGGUAGUUGAUUACUGCAACAGACUCCUGAAAAAACAGUUCUUUCAUCGAGCAUUAAAAGUGAUGAAAAUGAAACCUGACAAGGAUAUAAAGAAAGAAAAGGAAAAGGGAAAGGCUGAGAGUGGGAAAGAAGAGGAGAAAAAGAGCAAGAAGGAAGGUGGCAAAGAUGAAAAAACUAAGAAGGAGAAAGAAAAAGAAAAGAAAAAGGAUGGUGAAAAAGAAGAGUGUAAGAAGGAUGAGACCCCGGGAACACCCAAAAAAAAAGAAACUAAGAGGAAAUUCAAACUUGAGCCGCAUGAAGACCAAGUUUUCUUGGAUGGAAAUGAGGUGUAUGUGUGGAUCUAUGACCCUGUUCACUUCAAAACAUUUGCCAUGGGACUUGUACUUGUGAUUGCUGUUAUAGCUGCAACUCUCUUUCCACUCUGGCCAGCAGAAAUGCGUGUUGGUGUUUAUUACCUCAGUGUAGGUGCAGGCUGUUUUGUAGCCAGUAUUCUUCUUCUUGCAGUUGCCCGUUGCAUUCUUUUCCUUAUUAUUUGGCUAAUCACUGGAGGAAGGCAUCACUUUUGGUUCUUACCAAAUCUGACAGCAGAUGUGGGAUUCAUUGAUUCCUUCAGGCCCCUGUACACACAUGAAUACAAAGGACCAAAAGCAGACUUAAAGAAAGAGGAAAAAUCAGAAUCCAAAAAGCAGCCAAAAUAUGACAGUGAGGAGAAAUCAGACAGUGAGAAGAAGGAGGAGGAAGAUGGAAAAACAGAAGCAACAAGGAGCUCAGGAACAGAAGGCUCAGGAGGAGAGCGACAUUCAGACACAGACAGUGACAGGCGUGAAGAUGACAGGUCCCAGCACAGUAGUGGAAAUGGAAACGACUUUGAAAUGAUCACAAAAGAGGAACUUGAACAGCAAACAGAUGAAGAGGAUUGUGAAGAGGAAGAGGAGGAAGAUACUGAAAGUAGGCCUUCACAUGAAAAAUCAUAACUCACUGUGGUUUUGGGACUAAGUAUGUGCAAAUGGUUGGAUUUUCUUUGUUGGCUGAUCACCAAAACAUAGACCAUACAGUAGCAUCUUUGUUUGCUGAAAUAUACAUGUUACCAAACAGUUUUAUAUCUAGUUCUUUCAAUUUUUUAACCAUUAACUUGAUUACUUGGUACUAUGUUAAUCAUUAAUAUACAUUUACAGAAGUUUUAUCAGUCUGACAAGUUUUCUAUUGAUUGCCCAGAUCGUCCUCAAACAAACUGAAAAACAUAGUUUUCUGGUACUUGCAUAACUGUUCAAUUAGUUUAGCUUCUCAAAAUUGCUUUUGUAAAACAGGUAAAAGUUGAAUGACCAAAUUUCACAUUAUUCCUAGUUAUAUUCAUUUGAUAGCUAGUUAGGUAAAGUACUUCUUAGCCCACAGCUUUCUUGAUACUUUUCUUGACUUUUCAGAAAGAUUGUGAAAACUUUCCUAAGAAGACUAGUUUUAGCAGAAGUAUUUUGCUGAAAAUAUAAAAGCUGGUAGUGCUGAAUUUGGCUGCAGUAUUCUGUUUCUCCAGAUUGUGUGCCAGCAACUUAGGAAAUCCAAACUGGUUUUGUACAUCUGGUUCACAGAAAGGUGUCAUCUCCAGCAGGUGAAGGAUACAGCAUGGUUUGGAAAUGACAGCUGUUUUCUUUCUCCUGCUCCAUCAUAAUACAAAAAUUGUAUUCUGUAUAUAAUUUACAAAUAAAGCAAACCAUUUACUUUAACUGUUACUUUAUUAUUUAGAAAUUUGAUCCAGCAUUCAGUUUGUAUAAUUAAAGCCAUUUUGUGGUGUAUCUAUCAGAAAUGCAAGUCAAGAGGACCUCACAGAAUAUUUGUGUAUGAUUGGUAGCAGUUUCCACAAGAGCUUUAGUUUUGUGCCAACAUUCCAUGUAUUUAAGUAUGAGUAAAUUGAUCCUUAUUAAAUGAACGCAAACAUCAUAGCUGUAUGUAUGCCUUAAUGUCAAAACUUUCUAUAUUCUGGAACUGGAAUACUUUUUUUAAACUGAAAAGGCAGGAGAGUGUUCAUCUGUUCAGAAAUAUACGUAACACAAGUUAAUAUGGAAAGUGACCAUUAAUAACAAUAACUUAUUUAUAAACAUCUUAAAGUAGUUUACGUCGUUUCUAUUUAUGCAUCCCUUAUUUGCUGGAUGGUUGGAGGAUGCAUCAUGUUUUGGUCAGCUAAGCAUUUAAGAAGUUAAGACUUGGCAUCAUUCCUGUAGAUCACUUAAACAGUAACUAUAGAUUUGAUUGUGUCCUGAACCCCCUGAGAGAAAAUAAGGGUAAGACUGCAUUUUUAGUAACUGACUUACAGAUCUUUUUUUCUUUCCUGAAUUGAUUCCCAUUCCAUCAUUAGCAUUUUGGAUGAGUUACUAAUUUUUCACUUCUGCAAAUAAGAUACAUUGUAAUGAGUGCGUGGAUAUAGAACAAUUUGCUUAUUAAGUCUCCCAAAUCUUUAUUACAUACGGAAGAUGAUGAUAAAUCGGAUCACUUUUCUGUUGAUAUAGUGCAAAAAAAAAAAAAAAAUAACCCAUUAUCUAAAUAGAUCGAGUCUGGACUCUUGUAUGUUACAACUACUUAAAAUAACUAACGAAGUCCUGUUACUGUCAUUUGCUACUUUAUUGAGAUACACAUAUGUGAUGGUAAAGCAUGUAGGUUAGUAACAUUCUUUUCAGUCACUUAGGCAACUGUUUUAACACACUCUGAACACUUUGUUCAUAAGAAGCUAGUUUCUUUGACAUCUAGAAUUGGGAACAGAACUGCAUUUCUUUCUGUGCAAGAAUGUUCAGUUAGCUGGCUCUAACUCAUUGUACCUUUUGCCUGAAGAGCUGGUACUGUAGCUUACUAGAUAAUUCUUGCUUUUUACUGUGUAAGUGCAGAGUUAUAACACCUUUUUUAUACUGAAGACAUCCUUGCAGUUUAUUAGGGUAGAUUCCCCGUUUCUGGGAAUAGCUAAAACAAGUGUGGCUGUGACCUUUUGCUAACUCCGCUUUCAGAAGCUGUUUGCAAAUUAGCACUUAGGAGAGCACUGUUUUACAUCAAAUACUGUAACAUACGUAUAUUAGCAAGAUGCCUAACAGUGGUUCACAGAAGUAUUAGUAGAACAGUUGGGCUACUACCAUUUUUGAGGAAAUUUAUGCAGUUGAUCAAGUUGAUCUCCCCUUCUGCAAGUGAAGUAACAUCUUAAAAGCCUUGCUGAGAAAAUAAAGUUGAAAUGAUCAAACAAUAA